AUGACGCAGUUUGUCUUUGCGGAUCGCUUCGUGCUGCCAGAUACCUCUGCUCUGGCAUCGCCCAGGCUGCAUACCAUUUUCUACGCUUCGCUCGUGGUGCAGCAUGUCACCUUUCACGCUUUGUCCCAUUCCUGGCUUCGAGGCGACUCCAAGGACAUGCUCAAGAAGCGAUGCUGGAUCCUCACCACUCUCGCCAGCUUCGUCAUGUGCGUUGCAAGCUUGCCCUACCUCUGGGAUCUCUUCUUGGGCGGCUUCGACCUUCACUCGCUUCGACCAAGGACAAAGACGGUCGCCGAGCCCCUCGCUGCCUUCUUCAUCGCCUACCUCAUCUCGGAUCUUACGCUGGGCUCCAUCUACUAUCGCAAGCUCAUCAACCUCUCUUCCGGAUGGAUUCACCACAUCGCCUACACCUUCUUGUUCUCAUUCUGGGUUCACAAGGGCUGGGCUCACAUAGCAGCCGCAGCUGCCAUCUUUGAGCUUCCCACGCUCAUCAUGGGCGUUGCUUCCAUCUAUCCUCCGCUUCGCUCCAACAUGGCCUUCACCAUCACGUUCUUCGCCACUCGCGUCUUCUAUCACUUCGCCUUGCUCGUCGCUUGUCUCACUCAACAUGGCCGCGGCGCGCCCGGCAUCAACGGCAGCUGGGGGCCCGCCAUCAGUCUGCUCGUCACCUACCCAAUGCAUCUGUGGUGGGGCUACAAGUGCAUCUGCAGUGUCAGACGAAGGAUGCACAAGCGCAAGCUCGAAGCUGCCCAGGUCGCCAAAGAGAAAGCCUCUCUCGCCUCAGCUGCCGGACAGCUGUUCAAUGGUAUGGCCGCUCCCGACACAAGCAGCGCCGUCAACACGCCCGCCGUCACGCCCGGUGCUGGCGCAACACCAGCGACUGCCAACUUUGGCGCCACAGGUCCUGUCCAUGCUGCGUUCGCCCGCGCCGCAUCAGCCGCCCGCCCGCCCGUCAACCUGCUGCUUCCCAGUCGUCGCAAGAGUCGGCAUCGCGACGAGCAGACGCCUGCUGCUCAUCCGCUGCUCUCCAGGACGCUCAAUCCGAAGUAUAUCAACUCGAGCUCCGUCUUCACCGCUCCUGUUGCACCCGAUGGUGCUGGACCUGACGACGUUGAGCCCUUCCUGGCCAUCCGAUCGCCCGCCGAAUCGAAGGAUCGCGCGCGUAGGCUUGUGGCCGAUGCAGUACGAAAGGUCUGGAUCAACGCUCCUGCCAGCUGGCGGCGUCAAUUCGAGGAGGAAGCCGGGGUACGACCAAGGGGUCUUGGUGCCACCGGUCGUGUGCCCUCCUUCACCACCGACGAGUCGUCCGAGGAGUACGAAGAGUUCGACUCAGACUCUGCCGCGACGUCUGCUCUGGCCCCCAACAUGUCCGAGUCGCGGGCUCGACGCUACCUCCAAGCACAACGCUCGCGCAUCCGCCGUGCCGUAUUGCGCGCUGUUCGCACCGCCAUCAACGGUCGAGAUGCCGAUGGAGUCAAGGCCGUUUCCUCGCACCACGGCAACGUCAUCACCACUUUCGCCGACGGUGCCGUCGCAGCUGCUGGCGAUGUGCGGCCCACGGGUAUCGACCGCACGCUACUCUCACUAGAUUUCAGCUCGCUCGUCAAGUACCUGCCGCCAGACUUCCUUGGUCAGACCAACGAGAUUCGUGAGUUCCCCGUAGAGCAUGUGGCGCAGGGUGGACGCCCGAGGCGCAUUGUCGGUCAGAUUCGGCGUCGGAUGGAGGUGGCCCGAAGCGACUUUGUUGUCUUUGAUUAA